AUGAGAAGGAAGUCCAAGACCUUCACAGGAUGCUGGACAUGUCGGGCCCGCAGGGUGAAGUGCGACGAGGUACAGCCCGUCUGCAACCGUUGUACCAAAGCACGUCGAAUCUGCGAGGGCUAUGGAGUUCGCCUUACGUGGACGAGCGACGAGAAGGACAUCCCAUUCCGAGUACUCAUCGAUCUAGAUACGGAUGCCAUAGAGAUAUCGCCUGACGACUUGGAUGAUAUGAUACACAAGUGCGGCUAUACAGAAGCUAGCCAUGAGACACAGACAUUCGGUCCUUUUUCUGUGUUCUCCGUUGGCCAAAGCACUGAUUUGGAGCCCUCGGAACCACGGCACCUUGAUACAAAGGAGGGCCAAGAAGAUCAACGGCUAGAGGGAGAGAUAGCAACCGGGAAUCCCUAUACGCCCUCCUCUAACGAGUCGUUGAUAGAGACAUGUCAGCCCUCAUCGCUAGAAUCAAGUAAUGAGACACUAUCAGAUGUCUCUAUAUUCGACAACUUUACCCAUCAGGCUGCGAGGUGGAGCCAUGACUAUGUUGAUGGAAACGAUGAUCUGGUACUGGACGACCUUCUCUCUGCAGAAUGGUUUUUCGGCCCAAGCUCAUUUAAGCUAGAGUCACAGGUGCCAUUAUGGGCAGAACUCGACGUCUUUCCAUUUGAGAUGGAAAAUGAUUUCACUUCCGCCGUCGAGAUACCACGAGAGGGUUAUUCAUCGUCGGAUCACUCUAAAUUCAGCGAUAUACCAUUUAGUUGUUGGCAUGAAGUGCCGUCGCCACAGACCAGUCUCAACCCCAUCUCAAUGUCGCAGCAACAGACCGAGCUGAUCCAUCACUGGCUGGUCCACAUGUGCAGAAACAUGGUCCCAAUUGAUACACUGGACAACCCAUACCGAGGAACCUAUCUACGCCUAGCUUCCGAAGGCGUCAAUGGCGCUUCCAAGAGUCACAUUGCAGUGCUGCAUGGUGUUUGCGCUGCUGCCGCGCAUAAUAUAAAUACCCUACGGAACGACAAGACGAAUACACAACCAGCGUGGAAUACACAGGUAGCACUGCAGAACCUACAAGAGUCGAUUUCACAGCCCAAAGACAUGGACCAUGCUUCUGUUUUGGCUGCCAUUGCGAUGUGCAUUAUGCAGGACACCAUGACGGGACAUCCUCGUGGCUGGAGGACCCAUAUCCAAGCUGCCUUGAGAAUCAUAGUACAGGAGAAGCUCUACCAAGGAUUGGAUCCGGGAUCUGAAUUGCAUGUUGUGGUUCUGCAAUGUCUUUGUCUCGUCGCGCUAGGCGAUGUUGAUAUGCAGUAUGACCUGGCAGAUAUGGUGUCUCAACUCCCCACCACCGAAGACUAUGUCUCUAAGCAUCACAGUGUCACAAAGGAUGUCGUCGGCAUCAUAUCUCGAAUCAACAUAUUGUCGAAGCAAGAUACUGCAAGAGAUCUCGCUCUGAUCGACCAGCUAGAGCUUCAGAUCUAUCUUCAAGCCAUUCCAACGACUCAAAACAAUCGAUUUCACAGUGAAAAGGUGAAUUUCAUCAAUCAACACUAUGCCUCGGUCUGGCACUACGCCACUAUAAUACACUUCCAACGUCGGAUCCGUCAUAAGCCGGCAGAGCAGCUACGAGACCUUGUAUCUGAAGCACUAGCUCAUCUUGAAGCAGCUGAAUAUGUUGCAACUGAUCUCGAUGGAUGCAUUGCCCUAUGGCCAUGCAUGGUUAUAGCCACUGAAUGCUAUGACGAAGAGCACAAGAUGCGUGCGCUGAGCUGGUUUAAGAAAAAGGACCGCCAUGCAUUCGCUAAUGUUAGUUUGGCGAGCAUAAUCUGUCUGGAGUAUUGGAAAUGGCGGGACAGGAAUCCAUCUUGGGCUUUGACUACGUCGUGGCAGGAUUUUGUCGCAGGUACUGAGUAUGAUGUUGUUCCGGUAUGA